AUGCUUAAUAAAAAGCAAAGAGAAUUUUUUUACCAUGCUUCACAUUUAAUUAAAACUUCUGAUAAACAAUUUUAUGCCUUCUUAAGUGGAGGUGGAGGUGUUGGUAAGUCUCACCUUAUUAAAUCAAUUUAUCAAGCAGCGUUAAAAUACUAUAAUGCACAAGCUGGUGAAGAUUUUCGUCAUGUUCAUAUACUAUUACUUGCUCCCACAGGGACAGCAGCUUAUAUUAUUAAAGGUAACACGAUUCAUAGUAGCUUAGCAGUUCCAGCAAGUCAAUCACUUAAGAAUUAUAAACCACUUGAUUCUGGUAGAUUAAACACAUUAAGAUGUAAACUCGGUGCUUUGAAAUUAAUACUACUUGAUGAAAUAUCAAUGGUUGGAAACAGCAUGUUUAUAGUUCAGUUGAAUAACCGUUUAAAAGAUUUAAAAGGAAGUAAAGAAGACUUUGGUGGUGUUAGCAUCAUAACACUGGGUGACCUAUUUCAACUUAAACCUGUCAUGGAUGGCUACAUUUUCACUGAUGUUCAGUGUUUAAGCUCUUAUAAUAUUCUUGCUCCAAAUUCAUGGAAAAGAUAUUUCAGAAUGUUUUUACUUGAUGAAAUUAUGCGACAAAGAGAGAGCAAAGAGUUUGCUGAAAUCUUAAAUAGAUUAAGAGAAGGUAAUCAUACCUCCAGUGACCUCAACAAACUGAAGGAAAGAUGUGUUGAAGAACCUAACUGUCCAAAAGAAGCACCACGUUUGUUUAUUCAAAAUGCUUUAGUUGAUGAUUAUAAUGAAAAAGUAUACGAUUCUUUUAGUGAAAACAAAUAUGAAAUUAAAGCACAAGAUAGUGUUAUUGGAGCAUGUUCUGCUGAGCUUAAAGAAAAAAUAAUGAGGCAAAUACCUUAUGUCCCCUUGAAAAACUCUAAACAGUUAGCUCGUAAACUAAAACUUGCUGUGGGCCAACGAACAGAAAUGGCCACAAAUGUGCGAACUGAUGAUGGUCUUACAAAUGGUGCUAGUAACAUAAUAAAGUUCAUACAACUAAGAGACGAAAGUAAACCAUCUGGUCUUGUUUGGGUCCAGUUUGACCAUGAAGAUGUUGGCAAAAAAAAACUGACGGGAAAACAGAAAUCUUUACUGUAG